GCGUUCCAUUCCGCACACUGAAAUCGGCGCGUCCCAUCCCGGACACCGUAGUGCAAAGAUGGCGGCCGUGGUGCUGGUUAGCCGUUCUGUCCUUCCCAAAAUCUCAAGUGUGAGCUGUGCGGCGGCGCUGCAGCAGCAGCACAGGAAGCUCCAUGCGGCCGUGGUCCCGCGGGGGAAGGGCGGCCGCUCCUCGUCUAGUGGAAUCGCCGCCACCGUGUUCGGCGCUACCGGCUUCCUGGGCCGCUAUGUCGUCAACCGCCUGGGGCGUAUGGGGUCUCAGAUUGUGGUCCCUCAUCGUUGUGAUCAGUAUGACCUCAUGUACCUCCGUCCAAUGGGGGAUCUCGGGCAGAUAAUCUUCAUGGAGUGGGACGCAAGAAACAAAGACUCCAUCAAACAGGCCCUGCAGCACUCCAACGUGGUCGUUAAUUUGGUGGGCCGAGAAUGGGAGACCAGUAACUACGGCUUUGAAGACGUGUUCGUCAGCAUCCCCCAGCAGAUCGCCCGGGCCGCCAGAGAGGCCGGCGUCAGCAAGUUGAUCCACAUGUCCCACCUCAACGCAGACAUCAGGAGCCCCUCCAAGUACCUGAGGAACAAGGCUGUGGGCGAGGCGGCGGUGAGAGACGAGUUCCCCGACGCUGUCAUCCUGAAGCCCUCAGAGAUGUUUGGCCGGGAAGACCGCUUCUUCAACCACUUCGCCAACUUGCGGUGGUUCGGUAGCGCUGUGCCUCUCAUCGCCAUGGGGAAGAAGACGGAGAAGCAGCCCGUCCACGUGGUAGAUGUCGCCAAGGCGAUCAUCAACGCCAUCAAAGACCCAGAGGCCAACGGAAAGACAUACGCACUGGUUGGUCCAAACCGCUACAUGCUCCAUGACCUGGUGGAGUACAUCUACGCCGUGGCCCACCGGCCCUUCGUGCCCUACCCCCUGCCCCGCCCGCUCUACCACUUGGUCGCUAAAUUCUUUGCAAUGAAUCCAUUUGAACCGUGGACGACCCCGGACAAGGUGGACCGGUUCCACACGACGGACCUGAAGUUCCCCGGCCUGCCCGGUCUUGAGGACCUGGGCAUCACGGCGUCCUCUGUGGAGCAGCGCGCAAUCGAGAUCCUGCGGCGUCACCGCCGCUUCCGCUACCUGGAGGCGGAGCUGGACGAGACCAAGCCGGCCAAGACCGUCAGCUUCUAGAGCUAACAGAGCUACUAGAGCUACCAGAGCUAGCCUCCUGUCUGCAGCACACUGUACAUAAAUAAAGGAUCGUCCUCUAAAACACUUC